AUGGACAUCAAGAAUGGUCAUCGGGUGAAGUUCUGGACGGAUAUAUGGUUGCCUGCUGGACGGUUAAUUGAUAUUGCUCGUGAAACAGGAACUCAAAAACUUGGAAUUACUAGGAAUGCACUAAUUUGCGAAGUUCUUGUGGAUGGGGUCUGGAGGUUUAGGGCAUGUCGCGACCGGCUUAUACGGGGUCUGGUGCAGGAGAUCCGACGCCUCCCUUUAUUGCUGACUGCAAAUGUUCCUGAUGGUGUUCUGUGGAGGAACGGCCCGGAUGAUUACGGAGAUAGGUUUAUUGCGUCGAGUACCUGGCAGCAAAUCAGAACGCGUAAGGAGGAAGUUCGAUGGAGUAGGAUUGUAUGGUUCCCUCAGGGGGUGCCUCGAUUUGCUUUUAUCACAUGGCUAGCUUUCCGGGAUAGACUCUCCACUGGCCACCGUAUGCGCAUGUGGGGUCAGACGCAGUGCUGUAUCUUUUGUGGCGAGCCUGACGAGACGAGAGAUCACUUAUUUUUUGCGUGUCCAUAUACCUUUACACUAUGGAUACAAGUUGUUGGAAAUCUCUUUGGGGGUGAGCCUGAUCCGGACUGGGAUUCCACCAUUGCGACGAUGAUCAAUGGUACAUAUGAUAGACUCACUUUUAUACUGUUGAGACUGGUGCUGCAAGUUACUAUCUACUACAUUUGGAGGGAAAGGAAUGAUAGGAGGCACAACAAGCCAGCAAAGCCAGUGGAACAGCUUGGAAGGAUCAUAGACAAGACGAUGAGGAACCGUAUUACGUCGACCAACUACCACAUCAAGCCGAGGUUGACGGGUUUGAUGCAACGUUGGUUUGGGGCUCACAUAGGUUAA